GCUGCAGCACUCAACGGGCUUCUCUUUUACUACAGGCGUAUUAUUAGCAGUUUUGAGCUUUAUUUGCGGGAUAAGCUUCUGUCACAUAUUCAACAGUGCGCGUUUCCAAGUGUACCGAUCUGAUUGAUCAUGGCAGACGUUUCAGGGGUGUUCUCGGCCCCGUUGACAAAUGAGAACUAUGAGUUAUGGAUUCGCAUGGCCACUGACAACAAAAUCAACUCGACGAACAGUUGGAAUUUUGCGCUCAUUGAUUAUUUCCACGAGCUCUCUCUUUUCAAAGAUGGCGAUAGCAUAAAUUUCCAGAAAGCAUCCACCACUCUGGACGGGUGUGUUAAAAUCUAUGCGUCAAGAAUUGACUCGGCGGCAUCUGAAACGGGAAAAUUGUUGUCUGGCUUGACGUCCAACAAUUUAGAAGGCAUCGACGAGGAGGAAGAAGAGAACGAUGAGCAAGAAGGAGGCACAACAAAACCAAAAUCAAAGAAACAUCGUGCUGAGUCGACACUGGUAAAGAAGUUCCAGACGAUAAAGCUGAAAGAAGUUGAAAAAGAAUUGUUGGUCGAUCCGAUCUUCAAGAAAGCAUUAUCAGACUUCGAUGAAGGAGGAGCCAAGAGUCUGCUAACGAACAUGCUCAAAAUCAACUCCGAAGGACGGGUUGUUUUUGAUACCAGUGAAAAGUCCAACGAGUUGGUAAUGAAUGAGAGCGACGAAGAAGAAAAUAUCCCCCAGCAUACUCGAUCAAAUAUCGACAUUUCAAAAUUAGCUCGCUUUUUUCCUGAUACUGCAGCAGAUACAAAAGUCUGUCCUUCUCUCGAGCAGUUGGAGCGUAUAACUAAAGAAGGUGCCAGUGCUGCAGAGCUUCUUGAGCAAAUCGGGCAGCUUGAAUUUCCUGAAGAGCAGCCGGUGUUCCAAGAAAAUGACAUUCUCGAUUUUGGAGAAGGCGAUUACUUUGAUGACGACGACGGUGAUGACGGUAAUGGCCCGGAAAAAUCCCACAGGAAUCAGUACUCUUUAUUUAUUGAUGGUGUCAACGAUAGCGAUCGCUCAGGACCGAAUGUUACCUUGACAAGGUUAUUUGACGAGAACCAAACUGCACAAUUUGACGAUGACGAUGAUGAUGAAGGAGGAAGAAGUAUGGCCGAAUAUUUCGAUACGAUUUCAAGACAAAACUGGCGUGGUCCCGAACACUGGAAGAUAGCCAUGGUAAAGCAAGCGCAUCAAAAGAGUUCGACUCCUGAAAUCGCUCCUGCCGAGGUGGAGAACGCAGCCGGGGACCAAGAACAGGGGGAUUUUGUACAGAAGGCCACUAUCAAACGUAAGGCUGUUUUUACCCUAAAUUUCAUGGACGAUGACGAUGACUUGGACGAUGAAAAGCUUUUUGCGCCGCCCGCAAAUGCUUCCAAACUCCUCAUCCCUGAGAAAGAGAGGGUGCCUCACCCUACCGCCAACAAACUGCCUGAAGAUUUACAGUUCACCACGAAGCGGCUCAUUUGUUUGAACAUCAAGCCAAAUCAGAAAAUAAAUACAAUUCUCACAAGGAAGAAGAAGAGGGUUGCACAACGAUUAGGAUACGACGACGAGAGAAUAGCUGAUGAGAAUUUCUUUGCCGCUACGUAUAAAGAGCAGGGUGGUGAGCCAGCUGCUGAGGCUCAAGGAUUCGACGAUACUUUCUUCAAUACAGACUACAAUGACCAUCCUGGCGAUGACGAAGAUGAUGAGGGUGACGUCCCUGAGAUGCCUACAAGCUCACAGCCGUUGUUUUCGCAGUCACAAAAACGGCCCGGAGCGUUAGGGUAUGCUAGGGUUGCUAAGAAAGUGAAUGUGAAACUGCUUAAAGACAAUCUGUGGGACUCGUUGGAGGCUGAGACGCGAAAAGCUAAAAGAGACUCUUCAGUCUUGGAAGAUAACAAAGAGAACGGGCCUCCAGAGGACGAGAGCAGUAAACAGCGAAGCGAAAAAGAAGAGGACGCGCUCAAGUUUACCGAAGUUGUCAGCAAGUUGUCGAGUAAGUACUCGCCAGAAGAGAAGUCGGAGCUGUCGACCAGUUUCUGUUUUAUCUGUCUUCUACAUCUUGCCAACGAAAAUAACUUCACCAUCGAAAAUACUCCAGACUACACGGAUUUGUUGAUCAAAAGAUGAGGAUAUAUUCCUAAUCAAUAAUAAAUACAAUCACCAUUCCUGGGCCUUAACUCCGUACUUGGACUUUUUAGUACCCUUCACAGGAACAAUGAGUUUGGAUCCGCCUUCCAAGAAAGAAAACACUUGUUUUCUCUUCUCUUCGAAAGCAGAAAUGUACUUCUCUUUCUCUAAAGUGAUACCAAUAUCAUCCAAACCGUUCACCAAACAAUGUUUUCUGAAGUCUUCAAUUUCGAACUUCUCGACGAGAACCUCCUUGUUAGGUCCCAAAAUUUGCUGGUUAGGCAGAUCGAUAGUGAUCUCCUUCUUUUCGACGGCAAAUGGGUAAAUCUUUUCCUUUAUCACAUCUUGCGGAAUUCUGAUUGGCAAAAGACCGUUCUUGAACGAGUUGUUAUAGAAAAUGUCACCGAACGAUGGGGCAAUGAUCGAUCUGAUGCCAAAGUCCUUGAGAGCCCAUGGCGCAUGUUCUCUCGAAGAACCGCAGCCGAAAUUGUCUCCUGUCACACACAAGAUCUGGGCUUUGGUGUAUGGCUCCACAUUGAGCACAAAAUCAGUCGGCACGUCAUUUCCGUUCUCAUCCUUGACAAACCUCGACUCGUAGAACAAACCUGCUCUCAGGCCGGUUCUCUUGAUCGUCUUCAAGAACUGUUUAGGAAUGAUGGCGUCGGUGUCAACAUUUGCUCUGUCAAGAGGAGCGGCAAUUGAGGUCAAGGUGAGAAACUUUUGCAUAGCAAUGGCCUUCGCUGGUGGCUCUUCCUUGGCGUCCACGGUUUGCUUUGUCACGUGAUCAGAAGGAGGCACAUCGUUGAUGUGGUCGUCAAUGGCCUCGUCCUCUGACUCUCCUGGGGCAAGCGGCUCCUUUUCGUGAUUGUAGACGGCGUUCUGAAGAGCAGAGCUCUCAUCCUCGGAGUCGAGCUUGAUCUUCGGCUGUGCAGGAUCCUCGUUGUACACAAAGUUUCUGAUAUCUGUGAACUUGCCAGUGAUACCAGCAGCUGCAGCCAUAGCUGGUGACAUUAAGUGUGUUCUGGACAAGGCACCCUGUCUUCCCACAAAGUUUCUGUUGGAUGUGGAGGCGCAUCUUUCGUAUGGUGCCAAAAUGUCAGGGUUCAUACCAAGACACAUGGAGCAACCAGCUUCUCUCCAGACAAAUCCAGCUGCCUCGAAGAUUUUGUCAAGCCCUUCUCUCUCGGCUUGUUUUUUCACCAAUCCGGAUCCCGGCACCACCAUGGCCAUUUUCACGUUGUCUGCCUUCUUGUGGCCUCUCACCACCUUGGCAGCAGCUCUCAAGUCUUCAAUACGCGAGUUUGUACAGGAACCAAUGAACACCUUGUCGACAGUAAUGUCCUGCAAUGGAGUGUUAGGCUCCAGACCCAUAUAUUUCAAAGCAGCCUCAACACCCUUCUUGGUGAUUGGGUCGGUGAAAUUUGCCGGGUCCGGCACCUUGCCUGUAAUGGGAAGCGCAUCCUGAGGAGAAUUACCCCAGGUGAUCGUUGGAACAAUGUCAGAUGCCUUGAUCUUGAUGUCGUAGUCGAACUUUGCUCCCUCGUCUGUCUUGAGAGUCUUCCAGUAGCUCACAGCUUUGUCCCAUUCUUCGCCCUUUGGAGCCAAAGGACGGUCCUUGAUGUAGUUGAAGGUGGUCUCGUCAGGCUGGAUCAUACCAGCUCUUGCACCAGCCUCGAUCGCCAUGUUACAGAUCGACAUUCUGGCCUCCAUGGAAAGGUCUCUGAUACUCUCACCAGCAAAUUCGAUCACGCAACCAGUACCUCCUGCGGUACCGAUCACACCAAUCACAUGAAGAACCAAGUCCUUCGAAGUGACGCCUGGAGAAAGCUUACCCUCGAUGGUAAUCCUCAUGUUUUUCGACUUGGCCUGGAUCAAAGUCUGGGUGGCCAAAACGUGUUCCACCUCCGAAGUACCUAUACCAAAGGCGAGCGCGCCAAAGGCACCGUGGGUUGAAGUAUGUGAGUCACCGCAGACCACCGUGGUACCAGGAAGCGUAAAUCCUUGUUCAGGACCAACAACGUGGACAAUACCUUGUCUGGAAUCGGUCAUUCCGAAGUAGGUCAAACCAAAGUCUCGAACGUUGUCUUCCAGAGUUUGCACCUGCACCCUGGAGUCAUCCUGCUUGAUGAAAGUGUCAAGGCUCUUGAAGUUCUUUCUGGAGUCGGUUGGGAUGUUGUGGUCGACGGUGGCAAGGGUGCAGUCUGGUCUUCUGACUGUUCUGCCUGCUGUCUUGAGACCUUCAAAGGCCUGUGGACUGGUCACUUCAUGGAUCAAGUGUCUGUCAAUAUAAAUCAAAUAUGAGCCCGAAUCGUCUUUGUAGACGAUAUGGUCCUCAAACACCUUGUCGUAAAGGGUUUU